AUGGCCGCCCGGGCCCACAAUCUCCCGUUCGACCAGAACGCCAAGAAGUACCAGUGCUGCUGCAAUAAUCUACACAUUAAGCAAGGAGCCCGCAUCGUCUCAUGUCUAUUAGCCAUCUCCCUUGCCGUCUCGGUCAUCUUCUCCCUCACCAGAACCGCUACCGUCGCUUUUCAAAACAUUUUUAGCGCUGCUUUUGGUCUGGUCAUCUUCGGCAUGUUACUCUACGGCGUGUUCAAGGAGAAGCGGCUUUAUAUUUUGCCGUAUAUGAUCUUCCAGGCAAUCAGCCUCGUGCUGACCUUCCUCGGGUUGCUCGCCAUCCUGAUCAUGAUCGGAGUGAACACGGGCGCGAUCAGACAAUUGGCCCAGGAUUUUUAUGGAUUGGAGCAGGAUGGGCUCACCCCAGACGAGUUUAAUCACGCUUUGUCAACCUUCGCCGUUCUUCUCGUCAUUUUCAUCUGCAUUUCCGGCCUCAUCGAGGCCUAUUUCCUCGAGGUCAUCUACCGGUUCUACGUCUUUUUGAAGGAACGCGAGACCUCCUUCAACUUCAAUUUCGACACGUGUACCCCGGGAUUCACCCCAAAUAACCCGCCAAAUUACGAUGGCAUGCUCGGA